AACAUGCAGCUCAAACCGAUGGAGAUUAACCCCGAGAUGCUGAACAAAGUGCUGGCCCGGUUAGGGGUUGCCGGCCAGUGGCGCUUCGUGGAUGUGCUGGGGCUGGAGGAGGAGGCACUGGGCUCUGUACCAGCGCCUGCCUGCGCGCUGUUGCUGCUCUUUCCGCUCACUGCUCAGCAUGAGAAUUUUAGGAAAAAACAGAUUGAAGAGCUGAAGGGACAAGAAGUUAGUCCUAAAGUGUACUUUAUGAAGCAGACCAUUGGGAACUCCUGUGGUACAAUUGGGCUUAUCCAUGCAGUGGCCAAUAAUCAGGACAAACUAGCAUUUGAGAAUGGGUCAGUCCUGAAACAGUUUCUUUCUGAAACGGAGAAGAUGUCCCCUGAAGACAGAGCAAAAUGCUUUGAAAAGAACGAGGCCAUCCAGGCUGCCCAUGAUGCUGUGGCGCAGGAAGGCCAGUGCCGGGUAGAUGACAAAAUAAACUUUCACUUUAUUCUGUUUAACAACGUGGAUGGCCACCUCUAUGAACUAGAUGGUCGGAUGCCUUUUCCAGUGAACCAUGGCACCAGCUCAGAGGACUCUCUACUGCAGGAUGCAGCCAAAGUCUGCAGAGAAUUCACUGAGCGUGAGCAAGGGGAGGUCCGCUUCUCCGCUGUGGCCCUCUGCAAGGCAGCCUAAUGCCCUAUGGGAGGGAGCUGGUUCCCUCUUCCCUUCAACAUGAAAACACGUUCCUAUCAGUGCUGUCUAAAAUGCUUCGGUCCUUGUAAAAAGCACAGCUGUUCUUCAGUUCUGCAGGAACACGCCUACCCUCAGCCAUAUCCACGCUACUAGCAGAGCCCCACUGUUGAUUCAGCAAGGUUUGGUGUAAGCUUCCCAUAGUGAAGCAUUCCCCCUAGAUCCCCAUUGUAUGUCUUGUAUCUUAAUAUCUAAUGCUUUCAAUGGCUACUUUGGUUUGUCUGUAAGUUACGGCCUUGGAUGUGGUUUAAUUGUUUGUCAUUAAAAGGAAUAAAAUUUUUCUGCUCAGAAGA